AUGCAUUCCAUUAUCUUUUAUUAUUUUUCUUUUUUCCUUCCUUCUUUUUUCUUAUUUUCUUCAUUGCAACUGCCUCUUUCUUAUCUUAUUCUUUCUUCUUCUCAUUUGCUUUAUAUUUUUCCUCCUAAAAUGAGAAUUUCAUUUCUCUUUUUUCUACUUCUUUCUUUCUUUCUUUCUUUCUUUCUUUCUUUCUUUCUUUCUUUCUUUCUUACUUUCUUUCCCCCUCUGCAGCUGCUAACAGAAUUCAUACAAACCAACAGCACCCCCAACCAACUCACACUUUCUAAUCUUUCUGAAAUCAAUCAAUCAGAUUGGGCACGUCCAUAUUUAACCCUGUCACCUUCAUGGCUAACUCCAUCACGUUCUCCCAGUUUCCUCUUUCCUCCUUUCUUUUGGCUACUUGCCAAAGAGAAACUCUGCUUAAUAUUUCUCAUCUGCUUUGCAAUCUCCUUUUCAUAUUUUCUCUUAUGUCAAAAACUUAGCAAUGGUAAAAAUUCUCUAUCUACAUUAUUGCCUUUCUUGCCACACUGUCCCCUUUGCAAAACCAAUGUCGCUGCUCUUCUCUCUUUCAAUCAAAUUAUUUUCUCACAUUCCCUUUCUCCUACCUUGCCAAAAUAUUAA